GAAAGUACUGUGCUGCUUAGUCUGUCAUAUCUAAGGUUUGCCGUCGUCAUUCGGUUUAAGCGUGUGUGGCCGUUUGGCCGCCGUGCUUCCUCUAUCUAUCCAAGCUCGCGGCUUCUGAUCAGAGGAAACCGCUUUCCGUAAAAGCUCGUCAUUCGCUGUCGUGCUGCCCGUGGCCUGUUCUAAUAAUAGCGACCGUCAGGUUGGUCCUGUUCCCGUAUUCGGGCUGCUGGCGUGAUUCGGCACGCGUUUCGAUGACGACGAUGGCGACGACGACGGGUAGGAUGAAAGAGCGACAGCGGCAACGGCUAGGUGGCGGCAACAUCAACACCAGCAGCAACAUCAGCAGGACAGGCUGUGCGCGAACGCUUGCGGGCAUUUGCGGUUGCGUCGUGAUGAGCGGGUUGCAGGAAGAAGGGGAGACACAAGGAAACAGUAACCGAGCGAGCAAAUGAGUGUGUCGCCGCAGUGGUAGUAGUGGGCUUUCAGGCGGUGGCGGCCCGUAGGGGACAUAGAACAUGUAGAUUAACGGAGAUGACUGUUCGUUGUUUCUGUCGCCACGCGUAAAGGUAGAUACAUUGGCGUGGUGCAAGGCGUCCCAGUCCCCGGUCGAACGAGCCGGUGCGGGUCCAUUCUCGCUACGCAGACAGAGAUUUGCCGAGCAACGGGCCAAGCGAGCAAUCGAGCAACCGCACGGCAUCAAAUCUAGCGGGCAGGAAGGCCUGCCGCCGCGUCGCAGUAAACCAAAACGCGAAUAUCGUUUGAUCGUAGUUGCCUGUUGUUGUUACUACUGUCGAAACGGUAGUGUUCAGCUACGGAUGACAUACGCUGGCGCCGGCUAGGUUGGGUUAGUCAUUGACGCAGACCAUCCAGGCGACGGUAGUGGCACGCUGCCGAGGCAAAGACAACCUAAACCGAAAAGACGACAACGGCUGAACUGGACUCAAGCGCUCGAAGAGAGGCCUCAGUCGCGGCAACACCACCACCAUCGCUGUUUCUUCUCUAGCUUUCUUGUCCUUCUUUCUACCUAACCCCCUCCCCUCCCCCAGGCCGUCUUCUUUUUCCUCUUCUACUCUUUUUUCAGCCGGCCGAAAGCAAAGACGGUAAUAGCACCAUAAGAAGCAUGGCCAAUGGCGUGUCCGCGGUAGUAGGGCCUUUCGCACAAACGAACGAACAUCUUUCCGCGGCGUCAUCGUCUCCGUCGGUCGUCGUCCCCUCCGUCUUCCCGUCCUCGGAGUCGCUAGUUGUUCAUCUGGCAAAUAAAAGCAGCAACAACGGCAGAGUAGCGAACAACGGGCGAUAGCGUGCCUCUGGCACGUCUGCUGUUGCUGCUGCAGUGAUUGGGACUCGCUGCUUCCAGGGUCCGGGCCCGUCGCCUCCACGCUACUGGUCGCUAACGCUCUUCGGGGAACGGGAGCCGCCGCUGGAAAAGCGCCACGGUUCGCCUUGACUGUGGCUGCUGGUGGCGCCGCCGUUGCCGUUGCUGUUAGCUUUCUUUGCUUACUGUUGCUACUGAUGUUGCUGCGAUUGUCGCUAUGGUUCUUCUUGAGGGUUGUGCUCUUUCGAUUUCGACUCAGAGGGAGGAGGCCCACGACAGCGUGAUGCGGGGAUGUGGCUGCCGGCGACCGGAGGCCGAGAGACGCAGCAGCAAUACACUGAGGAGGAGGCGUUGUCGUCGUCUUUGAAACUGAACAAGCGGCGUUUUGUCGUUUGCUGUCUUAGCUGUUACCUCGUUGUCUGGUGGCCCUAUGCGCCCAAUGGGCACGGCCUCGAUAUUGCAGGCUAAUACGACGCCCGGUCGGAAGGUGUUCAGCAACAGUGAUAGCAGAAGGCAAGCGCCGCCGGCUGCGGUCGCUACGGCCGCCAGGAUGGCAGGCCGACGGCCCGCCGCCACCGGCGGUUAGCCAAGCUCAGCAAGAACCAUAGCGCUUCGCUGGCGGUGGCGAUUGAUGCUGCUGCUCGACGCCCUGGAAUCUCGAGACGUCGCCAAAGCCCCGAUCAGAACGAUAGACGGCGGCAAUCGCUGCCGCUUUAACGCUUUCUGACUCACUUACAUUGGUCGUCGCCAGUUGGUUUGCUUUUGGCGACAACGCCACGAUGCCAUCUAAGGGGCAGCUGGCCGUUGCCGUUCGCAGUAGUUUGUUUACUCAUCGCCAUUCUUAGACGAGUCAGGCUAGUCGAACGAUUCAGAUCAUUCCGGGUUUGGCGAAACAGUUUGGACUCGCAUUUCAAGGCCUUCCUACCAUGGAUACGAAAUCCACUAGAAAAAGCGACAAACUCAAAAUGGACUCUUCAUUCAAUUCGACCCUCAACAACUCUUUAUCCCUUAUUCCUCUCAAUGACGGAAAUCAAAGCCCUUUACAGUUGACCAAAGACAAGGAAUACGUCGGAAACCCUGAAAAGUAUUACUCGGUAGAAGACUUCAUUGAGCUAGUUAAAGCUACACCUUAUUUAUACGAUAAAUACCACCGCCUCUAUCGGGACAGCCACAUCAAGGAUGUCCGAUGGGCUGAGAUCGGAAGCCGAUACGCUAUGACAGGGCCACAGAUGGUCAAGAAAUGGACUCAUAUCCGUGAUCGUUACAAGCGUAUUCUUAACGAAGUGAUGGUGAAGCAAGCAAGAGGCGAACAUUUCCAGCCAUCCUGGAAGUUUUUUGAUGUCUUACACGGGAUGCUCUGCAAAAACUACUCUUCAACCAAUAUUCCAGUAACCCCAACCCAGAAGAAUACCCAAGCUGGUGCAGGCGCAGUCUCGCCAGGUUCUAUUUCGCCAAUAACAACCAUCAAUUUUGCCAAUGCCGCCCAGCUCUAUUCCGCCGCCCUUCAGCAGGCCGCCAUGAACCAGAGCCUUAACUCGACACAGGGCCUCGAACCGGGUUCGGAUAAGGACGAGAUCAUAGCGGCCGACUUCAUGGUGACGGAAACACACUUCGAGGACGAUCAGGAUCACGAUGAAGAUCAUGAUGACAAAGAGCUGGAUGGUGAGCACGAUAAGGAGAUGGAUGAUGCCGCUUCCUCAUCGUCUGGCAAUGACGCCCAAUCGCAUCACUCACUUACCUCCCACAAGGAAAAUGCCGCUCCACCGCCGCCUGCACCAAAAAGAACCGAUUCAGGUGAUGCACCUCCGCCGAAAAAGAGGAAGAACAGUGCCUCAGCCUCAGAACAUGACAGUGGCUGCGAAACUAACAAGGAUGACAAUAAAGAUUUCAUCGAACACUUUGUCAAUUACAUUGGCGGACGUAUCCGGACUCACGAUAAGGUCCAACAGUUAUAUGUUGUCAACAAAAUUCACCAAGCGCUGUUUGACUUUGAAAUGGAACUCGUCUCGAAACGGUCCGGUGCAACUGAAAAAGAAAUGAAAGAGCUCCGUGAAAUGCAGUCCCAAGCAAAAGAACAGAAAGAGGCAAAGCAGAAAGCUGAUACAAAAAAAAGCGACGCCUCGGAAGAAAAAGAAUCUGAGAGGGACGAACUUCGGUCGGAGAAGGAUAAUGAAGACACUGAAGAAGAGACCGAGUAAUCAACGAAAUACAUUCGACUUUCGAAUUCUGUAAGGUAUAACAAGUCGAGUGAUGUGGCGUUGAUUCGGUAAGCGUGCCGCUUGAAAUUGUUAAUUGGCAAAUAAGCUAUGCCAAGGAAAUUCGAUAUGGGUGGAUAAUGAUUUUGAUGACGGCGGCGCCGUUGAUGGGUUCAACAACGCCCCACAUAACUCAACGUCGUAAGCUCUACACUACCACUGUACAUAUCACUUAUCUGGUAAUCAUCCGGUGACGAUGAGAACCAGUUGCCAUCUUUCAGUUGAGUGCCAUCAAAUACUCAUAAAAUGCUUUUAGGUUCUUUAGCGCUAGGUCACAUUUUGCAGAUCUGAGCCGUAGCAAAAUAGCAUAUCUGGUUCUUUUAAACCGGAUUUCCCGCUACAUAACCAAACUGCGACGGGACAGAGCGAACAGAAUAAUAACAUUGUGUAUGAAUAUUAUGUUUUGUGAUACGAAGUCGCCAUUGUGCGGGUACGACAAAUACUCGUUUUCGGCUAAGAUCUGAGUCUGAAGGAGAAGUGUAUACUGAGAAAUAAUGGAAAUAGGGAAUGACAAUUAUUUUAUUUCUUCAUAUUACAAUUUGUGGAUAUUAACGAUAAUCGCACUAAUAAUUAUUAUGUAUGACGAGGGAUGUUAGAAGAUUGACCAAAAGAGACGAUUAUGUUCUAAUAGCUCUCAGCCAUUAAUUAAUUGUCGUUGUGAAGGAUGCACGAAUCUCAUUCAAGCGCAAAUUAAUGCUUGCAUAAAUAUAUCAUCGAUUAAAGACCGUAUUGUGUACAGGAACAUAUACUAAAGCUUACAGAAAGAUUAACACGAAUCACAAGCAACACCCAUAAGUUCAUGCAGUACACAACUAAGCAAACACACGAAAUGCGGUCGUAUACAUUGAUUAUGUAGUAUAUGCAAAAUAUAUAUAUAUUACUUUUUGUAAUCUAGGUAAAGCAAAACGUCUGCAUUGUGUACUUGGACGGUAAGCCAACACCACGCCUGCAUUUGCCAUAAAUAGAAUAGUUGGGCAUAUGAAAUAUUUAAUAUGAUGAGAUAUACAAUUCACUAGUGAAAAUAAUACUUUACUGAAAAAAAAACGAGAGAAAAGGACUGCAAACGAUAUCCACCAGACAAAUUUAUAGGCAAAGAAAUUCUGAAAGGCAGCGAUGUUCGUGUGUGGCCAUAACAUAUAGGGUUAAAAAAAUAAGGAGGUUCAUAAAUGUGUGGGACGUAUGAAAGUAAGUGAAACAGUAAGCUGUCUUAAGAAAACCGUGUCCUACUAUACCAAAGUACAAAUGUGUAAAUAUAAUAGUAAAAAUCAGUAGAAAAAUGCACACGGUAGGCCGACGUAAAAACCGUAAUGAAGUAGCUAUAUCCGAUGAUAAAUUAAUACUGUGAAAUCAAUGUGAGAUGAAAGUCGGAAUAAGCGACACGCCAUAUAUGCCGUAAAAAUGUGUCGCUUUGAAAUUAAGGCAAGUUCGUCAUAAACGAACACGAAGUAAAUCGAAGUGAAUGUUCGCUAUCAAUAAAAAAUAUAAUCGACACUUUAUUU